AUGAAUAGCAUACAUCUGGUCAUUGUCUUUUGCUUAUUAGUUAUAACAGAGAAUGCAGUGCAUGCUACUACGAAUCAAGCUGCAGCAAAUGAUAUAGGGUUCGUUGACUACACCAAUAGCCUAGCCAGUCCAUUCUCUGCUGCGUUCAAAGAUAAAGAGGAAUGUCCACCCUGCUUCAACUGUAUGUUGCCUGGUUUCGAAUGCCUUCAGUUUGCAAAUUGUACAGACUAUGACGGUAAAUGCAAAUGUCCUCCUGGAUUUGGCGGUGAUGAUUGCAAACAACCAUUGUGUGGUGGUUUGGACGAGGGUAGAAAUCGAUAUCCGCGAGAGAAUGGCACUGUCUGCGAUUGUCCUGAUGGAUGGGAGGGUAUUAACUGCAAUGUGUGUACCAGCGAUUCCGUGUGUGAUGCCUUAGUGCCAACAGGACAGAAUGGUACCUGUUAUCGUGGAGGCUUGACUGUGUAUGAAAACCAUCAAAUGUGCAACGUUACUAACAGAAAGAUCUUGGAUCAACUCAAGGACCAGAUACCUCAAGUAACAUUUUCUUGCAAUCGACAUGAUGCAACCUGUGAUUUCCAAUUCUGGGUGGAUCAGAUUGAAUCAUUCUACUGUCAUUUGGAUACUUGCGCUUUCAAGCAAACAUAUGAAUAUGAUAGAAAUACGACGAAAUACACCUGCGACAAGAUUGACUGUCGAUGUAUCAAGGACGAGAUGCUGUGCGGCAAAGACGGAUCCAUUGAUUUGACCGACUUUUUGAACGAUGAAAUACAAGGACCUGCCAGCUUUAAUUGUAAUGGAAAAGAGUGUGUCUUCUCCGAGCCUGCCAUGAACGAUUUGAUCUCUGCUGUCUUUGGCGAUGACUCCAUCUUUCUCAACUGCAACUCGGGCGAAUGUUUGCAUUAUACCAUGGUGCCUGGCUUUGAGCGUGGUGAACGUCCCAUCAAUUGGAUCAUGAUUGGCAGUGGUCUAGGAGGCGUCGCCGUGUUUUUGAUAUUGGUGGGAUCCGUGGUCACCUUUUUAGCCAAGAAAUCGACUCGACAUGACGAGAUACGUUUAGCAGAUGAUGAAACUGGUAAACUCAUGUCUGAACACACGCCUGUCGAUCUUGUAUUUGAUCGCAUUGGCUAUACGCUGCCCAAUGUCAUCAAUCCCAUUCUAGUCAAUACCACAGGCAGAGUGAGAUCGGGAGAGAUACUUGCUAUAUUGGGUCCAUCAGGUGCUGGCAAAACAACGCUACUUGACAUUCUUGCCAACCGUACAAAGACAGGUCAAGUGACAGGCAGUUUGUAUGCCAAUGGUAAACAAGUGCCACGUGAAGAAUAUGCGCAACUCAUUGGUUAUGUCGAUCAAGAAGACACCAUGAUUCCUACACUGACAGUGUACGAGACCAUCUUGUAUUCUGCCCUACUGAGACUACCUCGCUCAAUGAGUACAGCUGCCAAGAAAUUCAGAGUGAUGGAGGUCAUGCAGGAGCUCAACAUUGACGGUAUCAAGGACAGCAAAAUUGGUCAGCCUGGCAGUCGAUCUAUCAGUGGUGGUGAAAGAAGAAGAGUCUCUAUUGCUUGCGAACUGGUCACAUCGCCCUCCAUUUUAUUCUUGGAUGAACCCACCAGUGGUCUAGAUGCUUACAAUGCAUUUAAUGUGGUGGAAAGUCUCGUCUCCCUGGCAAGAAACUACAAGCGCACCAUUGUAUUCACUAUUCAUCAACCACGUUCCAACAUUGUGACACUAUUCGACCAUCUUGUCUUGCUGGCAAAAGGCCAUACCAUCUACGCUGGACCACAGACACAGACACAGGCAUAUUUCAGUCAGAUGGGAUACACUUGCCCACCUGGCUUCAAUAUAGGCGAUUAUGCCAUUGAUCUGACCAUGGGAGCUAUCAAACGUGAUAAUGAUCGUAGCAGGCAAGUCGAUGUUGUUGUCGUCCAAGAUACACCAGAGAACAACAACGCAACAGACGGAUUGACACCACAUUUGAGGCAGUUGGCACAAGCGUACAAUGACAGCAACAUGGCCGCCGAGUUGAGAGAAGACAUUGAUCAUUCUAUACAGGAUACCAACAACAACAGUAGUGGCAGCAGUAGCGUCAUCUUAUCUGGAGACACAGCCAUCAUCAGCACACACAAAAAGCCCACCUUCAUCACACAAUUCCGCAUCUUAUCAGACCGCACCUUCAAGAACCUGUACAGAAACCCCAUGCUGAUGUUUGCUCAUUACGGUAUCACUGUUGUGCUUGCGCUGGUAUGCGGUGGCCUGUUCUAUCAAGUGUCCAACACCAUUGCAGGCUUUCAGAACAGAAUGGGCCUGUUCUUUUUCUAUGAGGCCCUGCUUGGGUUCAUGUGCUUGACAUCUUUGCAAGUCUUUUCUACAGAACGCAUCUUGUUUAUCCGAGAAAGAGCAAAUGGCUACUAUUCACCAGGGACCUACUUUUUUGCUAAAAUCUUUUUUGAUAUUAUCCCUCUGCGUGUGGUGCCUCCAUUGAUGAUGGGAUUGAUAUCGUAUUAUAUGGUGGGUUUAGUGGAAGGCGUAGAUGAGUUUCUCAAGUUCCUGCUUGUUUUGGUCUUGUUCAAUUUGACAGCAGCUGCACUUUGCUUGGCAAUAGGCGUUGUUUUCAAGAAUAUCUCAAUGGCUAAUCUCUUGAGCGUCUUGGUUAUGCUAUUUUCCAUGUUGUUUGCUGGCUUGCUGCUCAACAAGGAUAGCAUGUCUCCUGCGUUUGCGUGGCUCAAAUACCUGUCCUUCUUCAACUACGGUCUAGAAGCGUUACUGGUGAAUGAAAUGCUCUACUUGCAGCUUGUGGAAGAGAGAUUUGGACUCAACAUUGAUGUGCCUGGAGCCACUAUUCUAUCCACAUUUGGUUUCAAUGCCAAGAAUUAUUGGCCAGAUGUCGUUCGCUUGGCUUCCAUGUUUACGGCAUUCAUUACAUUUGUAUUCAUUUGGUUGGUCUUUGUAGUCAAAGAGAAGCGAUAA